GUGAUUCAAUGCCCCUGUAUUCAAACUGGCGGUUGAAGGUGAUGGAGCACAAUCGAGGAGAGCCUCUACCUUUUCCACCUAGUGGAGGUUGCUGGUCACCGUUGGUGGAUUAUUUGCCUGAAACAUCUCCUCCCGGCAUGUCUCUUCACAGAUGCAACAUAGCAGUGAUCCUUUUAACUGACUUGAUAGUUGACCACAGUGUAAAGGUGGAAUGGGGAGGAUACUUGCAUCUUUUACUUCAUGCAAUUUUUAUAGGUUUUGAUCACUGUCACCCUGAAGUCUAUGAGCAUUGUAAACGACUGCUUUUGCAUCUGCUGAUAGUGAUGGGAUCUGGCAGUAAUGUCCAGUCUGUUGCUUCUGUCCUACUCAGAAACAGAGAGUUCAAUGAGUCCAGGGUGCUUACUGUCAAACAAACUACCCAUUUAGAUUAUAUUUUCACAGCAGGUGUUCAUGAUUUUAUACCUGAUUACCAGCCUUCCCCAAUGACAGACUCAGGGCUUAGUUCAAGUUCUACCUCUUCUAGCAUCAGUUUAGGAAAUACAAGUGCUGCCAUUUCUCAUCUACACGCCACAAUCCUCAAUGAGGUUGACAUUUCAGUAGAGCAGGAUGAAAAAGUGAAAACUCUCAUAGAAUUUAUUACCUCAAGGAAAAGAGGGCCACUUUGGAAUCAUGAAGAUGUUUCGGCCAAGAAUCCUAAUAUAAAGAGUGCUGAACAGUUAACUGUGUUUUUAAAGCAUGUGGUAUCUAUAUUUAAACAGUCUAGCUCAGGAGGAUUUCAGUUGGAACACCGUCUCAGUGAAGUUGCUUUGCAAACUGCGCUUUCGUGCUCCUCUCGACAUUACGCUGGGAGGUCCUUUCAGAUUUUCAGGGCUCUGAAGCAGCCUCUUACUGCAUCUACACUUUCUGAUGUUCUCUCCAGACUAGUGGAAACUGUUGGAGAUGCAGGAGAAGAAGCUCAGGGUUUUGUCAUAGAACUGCUUUUGACCUUAGAGUCUGCUAUUGAUACAUUGGCUGAAACCAUGAAGCAUUAUGAUCUGCUUUCUGCCCUUUCUCAAACCUCAUACCAUGAUUCUGUAAUGGGAAACAAGUAUGCAGCUAAUAGGAAAAGCACUGGACAGAUAAACCUAAGCACAAGUCCCGUUAAUAGUGGCAGUUGUUUGGGAUACUACAGCAAUACAAGGAGUAAUUCUUUGAGACUGAAUUUAAUCAGUGAGCGGAGAGGUGACCGUCGACGGAGCAACACACUGGAUAUAAUGGAUGGAAGGAUAAAUCAUGGUGGAAGUUUGGCAAGGACUAGAAGCCUUUCCUCCCUGAGAGAGGGAGGGAUGUAUGAUGUGCAGCCCACUACUGACCCUGUCAACUUGAUGGCCACCAUAUUUUGGAUUGCAGCUUCGUUGCUAGAGUCAGAUUAUGAGUAUGAAUACCUUUUGGCUCUCAAGCUACUGAACAAACUUCUUAUUCACUUGCCUCUGGAUAAAUCAGAGAGUCGGGAAAAGAUAGAAAAGGUGCAGAAUAAAUUGAAAUGGAAUAACUUCCCAGGCCUUCAGCAGCUUUUCCUAAAAGGCUUUACUUCAGCAUCUACACAAGAAAUGACAGUUCAUCUCCUCAGUAAGCUCAUCACAAUUUCCAGGCAUGCUUUGGUGGAUCCUUCGCAGUUAGCAGGAUUUCCCCUGAACAUUUUGUGCCUACUUCCUCAUCUGAUCCAACAUUUUGAUAACCCAACUCCGUUCUGUAAAGAAACAGCUGACAGGAUAGCAAAGGUUUGUGCAGAGGAGAAAUCACCAACUCUUGCCAAUCUGGCUCAUAUGAUGAGUUUAUACAGUACACACAGUUAUUCCAGAGACGUUUCUAACUGGAUUAACGUAGUGUGUAGAUACUUGCAUGACUCUUUCUCAGAUGCCACAUUUAACCUCGUAACUUACCUUGCAGAGCUGUUAGAAAAAGGGUUAUCCAGUAUGCAGCAGUCCUUACUGCAGAUUAUUUACAGUCUUCUGAGUCAUAUUGACCUAUCCACAGCACCAGUGAAGCAGUUUAAUUUGGAAAUCAUAAAAGUUAUUGGUAAAUAUGUUCAGAGUCCAUAUUGGAAGGAAGCCCUUAAUAUUUUGAAACUGGUGGUAUCUCGAUCAGCAAGCCUUGUUGUACCUAAUGAUAUUCCAAAGUCUUAUGGAGGUGACAUUGGUUCUCCUGAAAUCUCUUUCACAAAAAUUUUUAAUAAUGUAUCCAAGGAGCUACCUGGGAAGACCUUAGAUUUUCAUUUUGAUAUAUCAGAGACACCAAUUAUUGGGAAUAAGUAUGGUGAUCAACACAGUGCAGCUGGUAGAAAUGGGAAGCCAAAAGUCAUUGCUGUUACCCGGAGCACUUCUUCAACUUCAUCAGGCUCCAAUUCAAAUGCAUUAGUUCCUGUCAGCUGGAAGAGACCACAACUGUCUCAGAGGAGAACUAGGGAGAAGCUAAUGAACGUGCUUUCUCUGUGUGGUCCAGAAUCUGGUCUUCCCAAGAAUCCUUCAGUUGUGUUUUCUUCUAAUGAAGACUUGGAAGUUGGAGAUCAACAAACUAGUCUUAUUUCAACAACAGAAGAAGUGAUUCAAGAGGAGGAAGUGGCUGUAGAAGACAAUACCAGUGAACAACAGUUUGGAGUUUUUAAAGACUUUGACUUUUUAGAUGUUGAAUUGGAAGAUGCAGAGGAGCUGCAGGGUGAAAGCAUGGACAACUUCAACUGGGGCGUUCGCAGGCGCUCUCUGGACAGUAUUGACAAAGGAGACACACCGUCUCUUCAAGAAUGUCAGUACUCUGGUAGCACACCCAGCUUGAACUUGACCAACCAAGAAGAUACUGAUGAGUCUUCAGAAGAAGAAGCAGCCCUGACUGCCAGUCAGAUACUGUCUCGUUCACAGAUGUUAAACAGUGAUUCUGCCAUAGAUGAAACAAUAUCAGAUCAUGCUGGUUUAUCACUUCAGUCUCAAGAUUCCACUAGCAGUGUGGGAACAGAAGAGGUGCUUCAAAUCAGAACUGAGACCCCAAGUUUGGAGGCUUCUCCUCUAGAUAACUCUAGCAACCAGCUGCCUGAGGAAGGUGGUUCAACAGUAAGGGAUGAACAGGUUAGCACUGCUAGUGAGGAUACUGGGUCGUAUUUAUUACAAGAACAACAAGACUGUCUGGUCUGUCAUGAAUCUCUUGAGUUGGAAGAGGCUCCAGAACUGGCAGAGGCAGCAGCUCCUGAGAGCUAUUCUGAAUCUGUCUGUGAAGAGGAUGUCACUCUUGCUUUGAAAGAGCUAGAUGAGAGGUGUGAAGAAGAAGAAGCUGACUUCUCUGCUUUGUCUAGCCAAGAUGAAGAAGAACAGGAUGGUUUUGCAGAAGUACAGACUUCUCCACCUCCUUCACCGUUUCUUUCUGCCAUAUUGGCAGCUUUCCAACCCGUGGCAUAUGAUGAUGAAGAGCAGGCCUGGCGCUGCCACGUCAAUCAGAUGCUAUCAGAUACAGAUGGAUCUUGUGCUGUCUAUACAUUUCACGUCUUCUCAAGAUUAUUUCAGACCAUUCAAAGAAAGUUUGUAUCUAUAACAAAUGAUUCAGUCAGCUUUCUUGGCGAAAGUCUACAGCGCAUUGGAACAAAAUUUAAAAGUUCUCUGGAAGUGAUGAUGUUAUGUUCAGAAUGUCCGACAGUCUUUGUGGAUGCGGAAACGCUAAUGUCUUGUGGCCUGCUAGAAACAUUGAAGUUCAGUGUUCUAGAGCUCCAAGAACACUUGGAUACCUAUAAUGUCAAAAGAGAGGCAGCAGAACAGUGGCUAGAAGACUGCAAAAGAACGUUUGGUACUGAUGACGGUAUUCAUGGCACUAACACAGAUGCCCAGCAAAUGGAAAUUCUAGCAGAGCUGGAGUUGUGUCGGAGGCUAUACAAGUUGCAUUUUCAGUUGCUGCUUCUGUUCCAAGCCUAUUGCAAACUUAUCAGCCAAGUAAAAGCAAUCAAAAAAGAAGCAGAGGUCAUAAACAUGUCUGAAGAACUUGCUCUUUUGGAGAGUUGUCUGAAAGAGGCUGAGGCUGCAUCCGACAGUGGUAUUGAAGAAAUUGAAAUUGCAGAGGCUUCCCAAGCUAGCACAGAAACAGCUAUUCACUCUCUUAUUGAAACCCUGAGAAACAAGGAGUUUGUGUCAGCUGUAGCACAGGUCAAGGUGUUCAGAUCUAUUUGGCCCCACGACAUCUUUGGCAGUUCUGAAGAUGACCCAGUUCAAACACUGCUGCACAUAUAUUUCCGUCAUCAGACACUUGGUCAAACUGGUAGCUUCGCAGUAGUAGGCUCCAACCAAGAUAUGUCUGAGGCCAGCUCAAAGCUGAUGGAACUUAAUCUAGAAAUUCGAGAGUCUCUACGCAUGGUGCAAUCCUAUCAGCUUCUAGGGAAAGUAAAACCAGGAAUAAAUCUUGUGAGCACUGGAUUCUGAACAGCUGUCAUUUAGAAAAGAACUGAUGAUGAAGACACUUCGGACUAUUAUUGAGCACCUUUCAUUUAAAAAAGCAGAAAACCUCCAGCAAUCCUGACAACCAACAGUUUCAUCACAGCAAGAAAUUAUUUCAUCAAAAGUAAAAAUCUGAAAACUGAAAUGAACAUUUUACUUGACUGCUCUUUCUACACAGUAGCUGUGUGACAGUAGUAUUUUUUAAUUAAAUUUAUGUAUAAAAACUACAUGAAAGGAAAAGGGCUUAAAUGUAAUGCAUACAUAUGCAUUAUUUUCUGUUGUAACAGAACUGUAAAUGGUGUUUGCAGUAACAGCCUCUAAAGGUUGAAUCAGUAUUGCAGGUGGGAUGAGGCUAAAAUCAAGGCUGGUUUAUUUUGGCUGAAGACCUGCAAGGCUUCCUAGCAGUAGUAGAUAUAAUCAUCAACUAAUACCUAAUGAGACACUUCGCAAUGUCAUGAAGAAUGUGCAGUCAGACAUGAGUUGAAUGACGAACGACUGCAAAAACCAUUGACCUCAAUGUUUUAUUUGCUUUUGUUGUCUGUAACAAGGAAAUUAUGUGUGUGAGUUAGAAUGUAUGGCUAUGUGACAGUUGUUUUUUGAAGGUAUGGAUGAUUGUUAAAUAAGGUCUCAGAGCAUGCUUAAAAGAGCUGCAAGAUUAUUUUUGAAGAAAUUUUAUUUUAUUAGAUCUAAUCCUCAUAGUGUGUAAAUGUUAGGACAUUUAAUAAUAUUUUAAACUGGGAUUUCCCAGUGUUUCUAAAAGAAAUAAUAUAUCUGUUAACUUUAUUGGAAUGCUGCUCAGUUCUCUGAUCAGUGCUUAUGUUACAAAUAUUGAUAACAACUAACCAAAAAGUAGCUGCCUGCAGAGACUUUAAAUUGUAUAUUAAAGAUAUAUGCUGCCCAUCAGCAAUUCUCAUUAGAAGUUAACUUAUUUUAUUCUGUAUAUAUUCUAGAAACUGUAUAGUGCAAAACCAGUAUUUUUCUUGUAAAUUUGUGCAAUGCACUGUUAAGGCAGUAGGUGUAUAAAGCUAUGAGGGGAAGGGGCGGUUCUCCUGAUGGGUAGUCACAUACAUUACUUGCAGUCUGAAUGGUCUGCAGGGUUCAAAGAGUUUGAAUGCACAUACAUGCAUCUUCAUGACUCAGCUUAAGCCUAAGGAAUUGGGACUAUAUAGAAAAAAGACUGACUACCAAAACAUGCAAAAAAUAUACACAUAGUUCAGUGUCAAAGUCUGUAGCAUAAAACAAACUGGAUUCUGUUGAAACCAAUAGCAUUUUAUAAAAAAAAAUUAAAAAAGAAGAAAAAAAAAAGGAAAAAAAAGAAUGUAGUCCCAUGAUUCCUGUGAUUUGAAAGGAACACCCGGUAUUUUUAUAUACAUCUCUUACCCACUGUGAUUUUUUUUAAUGGGCUCUAAUUCCAGAGUUUAGAAUGUAGAACCUGAAAUUCUUAGCUCUGCCUUUUGGGGGGAAUUGGACCCCACUAGAGUUGUAAUUAUGCUGAAAUGCAUUAAUUGAAGGCACUGUGCACGCUGUUGGACUGCUGACAGUAGUUAUGUUAUCCUAACAAGCUCUGUAACUGGUCAAGGCACAUCCAUAAUCACUGUAUUUUUUUUCCCCAUCCCUGAUAAAAUUGAAUUAUAUUUUGAUGGUUUUGUGGUACUGUA